AUGGAUAGUCGCACUAAGAAAAGUAUUCUCCGGGUGGGUCUCGGCUCCUCAGGGGCCGGGGAAUCCCACACACCGUCUUCGGACGGUGGUCGGCCCGUGUAUACGGAGGGGCCACUUAUUGCGAGGAGGGAGGAGAGGAAGGAAGAGGAGAAAGGCGAAAGGAGGAAGGAGAGGAAAGGAAGCGCUAAGAAGCGCGCGGAUCGCAAGCCGGUGGUGCUCCUUACCCCGCUGGAAAGAUAUCCGCACACCGAUGAAGACAGCGAGGACUUCUACACGGAGUCCAGCAGCAAUUUGUCGCUGGACUCCGUGGGGCUGCCCGCACAAUCUGGACGUACGACUCCCCUAAAAAGGAGACUCCUGGACGAGACUGAUGAGGCGCCGUCGACUAGUAAGGCGACGGUGCUCGAACCUAAAAGAGGACGUGGCCGGCCUCCAACGACCGGCCAAUACGUCGGCCUGUCUAAGGCGCAGGCCGACUAUAACCGCGAAAAGGAGGAGGCCCUCCGGCUCCAAGCCGAGGAGGAGAUUGCCGAAGCAGCGAAUGAGGCGAGGUGGUCGCAUGCGUUUCUCCGCGCCGCCUUCAAGGAUUCAGACCUCUCCGCCACUUCCCCGUCGGGAGAAGAGGCUAAGAAGGAAUGGACGGGCGCGGACAUAACGAAGACAGUGGAGGACACAUUGAAGACCGUCGAUAUGAUCGCCAGGAAGUCCACGAACCUUAAGGGAACAUACCAAAAGUACCUUAAGGAAUCGGUGGCGACCAUACGGAUGGUCUUCAAUAAGUUGACGACCCUCUGCACAACAGAGGAAGUGAAGGUGCUGGAGGCCAGAAACACGCGCCUCGAAGAGCAAGUGGCGGCGCUACGCCAAGAGCUGGACGAGGUGCGGAAGAAGGCCUCGCAACCUACCGGAGAUGACAUGCGUCAGCUGUUGGCCGAGGUCUCCCGUACGAACGCGGAGACCUUCGGCAAUAUGCUGAACGCCAGGCUCGCCGGGCUGGAGGACCGCCUCCUGCCGGAGCCGAGACGCAGGCCACCGCUGGCGUCGGACGGAAUUCGGGAUGAGGACCUCCCAACCGCCCCCGCGAGUGUCGUUGCGCCUAUGGAAGAAGAGGUGCCGGGACCCCCUCGGCCGAAAAAGGCGAAAGGGAAACCGGCCAAACCGGAGAAGACACAACCGCCCGUCGCUGCAGCGGCCCCUACAGAGGCUUCUGCUGCACCCACGGCGCCUGGGCCUUCAAAGGCCAAGAAGAAAAAGAAGAAGAAACGGCCUUCUAUGGCAGCCCAAGAGGCGGCACAAGGGGGAGCGACCAUCAGCUCCCCUGGUACAGAGACCCCUUGGACCACGGUGGGUCCGAAGGGUGGGAAGAAGAAGGGGGCGGCUACACCAUCUACAGCCGCCCCGAAGAAGAAGAAGAAGCCGAGGCUCCGCGUCCCCGCCACUGCGGCCGCUCUUGAGACGGCCCGGCGGGCGAUAAGCAUUGCGGAGUUUGAUAUUCCGCAAGUCCGCUACCGUCGGGCCCGAACUGGAGGGUGUCUUCUCACCAUAGCUGGAGAGGGCGCAGGGAAGAAGGCGGACGCCUUUGCCGCAAGGCUCAAAACCGUCCUGCCUCAAGAAGUGAGGGUCGGACGGCCGGCUGCUUGCGCAGAGAUGCGUGUCGCCGGCCUGGACGACUCUGUGACGGCCGCCGAAAUCAAGGAAGCGGUCGCGGUUGAUGGAGAGUGCCUGGCCGGAGAUGUCCGGGUGGGGCCUAUGAGGGAGGGGCCACGGGGGGACGGGUCUUGUUGGAUCCGCCUCCCAGCCGCAGCCGCCAAGAAGCUCUCGAGCUCUGGGCGGUUGCGGGUUGGCUGGGUGUUGGCGAGAGUGACGUUGGCCGAAAGAGGGCACGUGUUGGGCGGCAGCGGAUGUCCGUCUGCCGCGAAAAAGCCGGCCCCCAGAGAAGAGAAGGCCCCGUCCAAAAAGGCUCGGCAAAAGCCGAAGCCUAAGGGCGUGCGGGCUCCGCCCGUCUCUGCCGCGAUGGAGACGGAGGCCUAG